AUGGAAAUCAAGAGAAAGGGGCCUAUUGAGCCUCGUAUCUUCCAACGUGUUGCUGUUGGAGGCACGUUUGAUCAUCUUCAUGCUGGACACAAGAUACUGUUGACAAUGACAGCACUGCUAUCAGACAAGAGCAUGGUUGUUGGAGUGACAGAUGAUUGCAUGCUACAAAAAAAGAAGCACAAGGAUUUGAUUGCUCCAACCAUGAAACGAGUGAGGGUUGUUCAAGAUUACUUACAUUCUGUCAAACGAGGUAUUCAAUAUGAAGUUGUGCCUAUUACCGAUCCAUUUGGUCCUACAGUUACAGAUCCGACGAUUGAUGGUUUGGUCGUUUCCAAAGAAACACUCAAGGGAGGUGAAUUAGUGAACAAUGAAAGAGAUAUGAGAGGAUACCCUCCUUUAGAGCUUCGUAUCAUUGAUGUGAUAUCAUCCGAAAGUAAUUCGAUAGAAGAGAAGGAAAUGUCGGUGUUAAAGAUUAGUUCUAGUUGGAUUAGAGAAUACAUUGCAUCCAAUAAAAACUAA